UAAUUUCUUUAAAGACGCGCGCGCGCCUUUACAGAAUUAAAUAUCGUAAAACUAGCCAUCAAAUAAUAAUUCAUUAAUAUUGCAAAACCAAACAUAAUCGCCGAGUAUAUAUUGUGUGUUACGUGUUAGUGUUGUGUCCUAUAUUUUAUUUUCUUCUCAUUUCCUAUCAGAUGGUGUAGCAAUGAUUACAUGGUGUAAAUAAUUAUUACAAUGGAAUGCUUAUUGGAGCACACAUCAGUUUAAAGCUAAACGAUGUGAAGGAUUCCCAAGUCCAAAAUGGGUAACAGCUUCAGUAGCGUCAGCAGCAGGAAAUGGAAGAAGGAGAUCCCAAACGCGGAGUCCUCCAGGAUCCUAUUCCUCCUGUACCUCAUCCACAGAACCUGGCACGUGGUGGUCGAGCACAUGGAUUCAAAGAGCUUGAACUCCAAAAGAGGUCGUACUUCGAACACGGCACCUACAACUGAUGAAGGUCCAAGAUUCGAUUCCACGAGCUUGGAGUCCGGUUCGUGUUAUUCAGCCUGCAGCUGCAGCUAUUGCAGACUUCGGAACUGCACCAACGAUUCUAUCAGCGAGCUGACUUUAUUGGAAGGCAUGGCCAACUGCGGAGGCUGGAGUGAGGAGCCGGUAUCAAAAGAUAAGCAACGCCCACCGAUUUACAAUCCAGAAGAUUACGCCGCCUCUUUGAAGAAAUGGGGAAGGAAAAGCGGCUCCGGCAGCCUCUACGACGUGGACCAAGGACUGGACUCGAGCAAAGCUCAGACGCUACCGACACAGAACAGCAAGGAUUUUAGAAAUCCCUGUCUGAGUUUAGGAGAGGAAAUGAGUCUACGUCAGUUUGGCACCAUCAGCGAACUCCUCACUAAACUCCGGGCCGAUCUUCGACUUUCGUUUGCCAGUUUCGUUCAAGAGUUCUCUUCAGAGCCGUUAGAUGGUGUCACUUUACUUCUGGAACUCCUGCGAAAUAUCCAGCUGAGUCAGAAUGGUGAAGCGGCGAGAGCUCCGCCAGCGGUACGUCGACGACCACUCCUAGAUGAACUAGCCUGCCUACAAUGUCUCUGGAGCUGCUGCAGCAGGUACAGCGACUGCGUCCGCCGCCUGGUCGCCAGUUCCAACGGAGUCUACGCUCUAACAGUCUGCAUCAUGUCCACAGUCAAUAAGACAAGGAUAUUGGCUUUACAGCUGUUAACUCAAGCGUGCCCGUACGGUACAACGGCCGUGUCCGAAGCCCUAUCAACGCUUCGUCUGCGGUACGGUGAGCCUGUACGGUUCAGGUUCCUAGUUGGUGCCCUUCAGUCUGGAGGGACGGGUGCCCUUCAGACAGCGGGACUAGCUUUCCUUAACUCACUGCUAGCGAGUCGGCCGCCUCGAGCCAGACUCUAUAUACAGGCUGAACUAGAACAAGCUGGAUUCGAUAUCAACAGUUUUAAAAAGGCCAUUGCCAAAUCUCCUCAUCCUAACGAGGAACUGAUGAAGGAAAUUGAAAAGUACGAACAGCAGUUGAUAGACAUCGACACGUUGAAUGAAAAGGCGAAUGAGGCGCUGAAGGAAAAAGACGACCUCAGGCACAAACUGGAACUAUUGGAGAAGAGAGUCAAGAUACUACAAGAGGAGAAGGGCAUAUUACUAUCUCUGGAAAAGUGCUUGCAAGAGAAGUGCUGUGAGUUGCAAGAAGAGGUCAGCACACUGAAAUCUGAACAUGGAAACUCCAACCGGAAGAAGACAUUUCUGAUGAUGAAAAAAAACUCCAAUAAUAAUAGAGAUGAAUCAUCGCCACCAGAAGACGAAGGCAUCAGUUCCUCGGAACGAUCCCUGAGUCCAGACGGCGACCAGCAGAGAGAAUCCAUGGUCUAUGAAGUGUUCAACAUAAAGAACGAAACGUACGAUCUCAAGAGGAACAAACGAUCGUUACACAAGAAAGUAGACAACAAAAAGAAUGAAAAGAAAUCGUCCGACGAAGAAGACGAGACAACGAUCGACGAGGUCAUACAGGAGCUUAGGAAUAUAGUGAACCACGCGGAGAUCGAACAGCUGAGAGGUAUCGGCAGGGCCAGAAUAAACAAUAGUAGUUCAGAGCAGAAAACACAAAGAGAAGACUCCGUCACCAGUACGAGACACAGCAUCCAGAUAACCGCGGACGAUGAUCAACAGGAAGAGGAAGCGGAAAUAGUACCCAGCAAGAUACUACCACACCCGCCCAGAAAAGCUAAAAGUCUCAUACAUCUGUUCAUACCGCCCGGAGGACAAGGCCUGUACAGCAAAGCGCCGGACAUCUUCGAAGAAAACAACUUCUAUUCCAGCGAUGAAGGAUCGGACUCGCUACUAAGCGCGUCACGCUGCCAAGAACGCGUGCAGAAGAAAUCAGACGCUAGCUUCGACUUUAAUGAAUGUCGCGCGAAGUUCAACGCUAACGGCCAAGAGGAAGACAGUGCGAAGCGAUCCAGAACGAGGUCCAGAGACGACAAAUCUGUUAAAAGGACCGAGUCCUUCCAGAACUCAGAGAAAGGAUCACGACAGAGGGAAUACAUAGACAGCAUGUUCUACGAAAGCUCGUUGAAUGAUAACCAAGAAAAUGGGAAGUGCAGUCGCGUGGACGAGAUAGUCAAUCUGAUAGAAUCCAAAAAGCUAACCAAGAGUCUAGAGAGAAUCGACGAAGGCCUCAAUUCUAUGGUGGACAUCGUUGUAACUAACGAACCUAAGAAAUAUUCCUACGAGAGCCGUCAGAGGUCCGCUUCGAGGACGAACAGCGAUGCUGGCGAUCCUUUGAUCCCCGUCACGAGGUCUAACAGCCGAACAUAUGAUUCGAAGAGCCAGGACAAACACGGCAAACUGAACGUCGGCUUCGACAGUCCAUUUAACAGCACCUUCAUAAUGAAACGCGGCAGUUCCUCAGGGUUCUACUCCGGAACCCACAUCCUGAGGAACGCUCCGGCCAGUAUGACAAGCCUCGUAAUGAACGGAACACAUAGCUACAACGAUCUAAAGAAAUCCCCAAGUCCCAUGGGAUCCAGCUUCGCUCUCAACAAAGUGACCGACAUGCCGUCAGGCUUAUACUGACCGUUCGUACCGAAGUCCAAACCAACGACUAAUCUAAGUUCCGCGUACCUUCACGUCUAGUGCAAUAUUUAUAUCUAUAUAAUAUCCCGCGUUUAUGCAGCGUCUGUAGCAUCUUAGUGAUUUUGUUGGAACAAAAUUCGCUUAAGAUCGUCUUUAUUUUAAACUUAUAUCAUGUUUUGUGCUAAAAUAAUGUUUGAAGCAAUAAAGUUUUGAAGAUUUCUUGUUUAUUUAUGUAAAUCGAAUUAAAACUUGUAUUGUUUCGUGCGUGUCUCGGCGUGUGUCUGUUUACUGGUAUCUGUAUUUUUAUACUUAGU